CCUCGGUCAAAAAAGAAACAACAAAAAGAGAAAAACACGUCAGAUAUUGAAAUACAAUCUUGGCCGUCCAGAAUUUUUCUUGACCUCCAAGGGAAGAACGUACUUGGAUUUGGAAACUUCUGUCACCUUCUCAAUUCUUUCUUCCUCUCCCAUAAAACCGGAGUCACACAAAAAGCCCAAUCCUCCUGAGAAGUCAUACCAUUCGUCUCUGUUAUCUCUCAGAUUCUUUCAUUUUCCAGGAACCCGAUCGAGAUGAACCAGUUCGUUGCCAGGUCGUCGGCGCUCCGCGGCCUGCUGGUCAAUGAAGCAAGACGGCACUACGUGUCUCCGGCGCAGUCGUCGGCGAGUGUCCUGAUGCGGCUUGUGGAAGUUCCGCCGGCGGGAACGGCGAAGGCGGAGCAAAUCAAGAGAUUUAACGCGGCGUCGUUUGGCGGUUCUGGUUGGAGCAGGAUGAUGAGUACUUCUUCUUCCUCUUCCUCUGCUCUGGCUGAGAAGGAGAACGGCGAGAAGGAGAAGGCAGCGGAAGCGGAGAGUAAGUCAGGCGGCGGUGCUGAAAGUACUGUACCGGUGGUUUCGAGCUACUGGGGGAUCGCGAGGCCGAAGAUCGUCAGAGAAGACGGGACGGAGUGGCCGUGGAACUGCUUCAUGCCGUGGGAAACCUAUCGUUCCGAUACUUCAAUUGAUCUCAGCAAGCAUCACCUCCCGACGACCUUCCUCGACAAAGUGGCUUACAGAACUGUCAAAAUCCUCCGGAUCCCCACCGACAUAUUCUUCCAGAGGAGGUAUGGCUGCCGUGCAAUGAUGCUAGAGACAGUGGCAGCAGUCCCUGGAAUGGUAGGAGGGAUGCUGCUCCACUUACGCUCGCUUCGCAAGUUCCAGCCCAGUGGCGGGUGGAUCAAAGCUCUGCUCGAAGAGGCAGAGAACGAGAGGAUGCAUCUGAUGACAAUGGUGGAGCUGGUGCAGCCCAAGUGGUAUGAGAGGGCCCUGGUUCUAGCUGUGCAAGGGGUGUUCUUCAAUGCCUACUUUCUGCUGUACAUGAUUUCGCCCAAACUGGGACAUAGAGUCGUGGGUUACUUGGAAGAGGAAGCUAUUCACUCGUACACCGAGUAUCUGAAAGACAUCAAGGAAGGGAAGAUCGAGAACGUUCCAGCUCCUGCUAUUGCCAUUGAUUACUGGAGGCUGCCCAAAGAUGCUACUCUGGAGGAUGUUAUCGUUGUCAUCCGUGCUGAUGAGGCUCACCAUCGUGAUGUCAACCACUUUGCUUCUGAUAUCCAUUACCAGGGCAAGGAAUUGAGGGAGGCGCCUGCACCAGUUGGGUAUCAUUGAUGGAUGCCAUGCAAUGCUCCUUUCAUGUUUCCAUAAGAGGAUGGUAGAUGAGUUUUACUUAGUAUCAUCGUAUUAAUCUGCUUCCAGAAAACCAUCGUCUUCGAUAAUAUCCAGCCGAUAUUGCCAUUUGUAUAGAUAGAAGAUCGAAGCUUGCACUGAUCUAUUACCUUUGCUAUCCCUUUCAAACGAUACGGAACCAUCAAUGUAUGUCGAAUUUUACUCUUAAGUUUUGUGUCCGCGAGUGAUUAGCCUGCAUUUUCGCAUGAGAAUGUGGCUGGCCUUUUAUUCAAAAUUCUCUCGAACAUUUUCAGACCUUUGUAGAGAAAGAUUGAACAUUUUGCGAAAGGUGACGGUGACGCAAUUAGAGUGAAGAGAAAUUGACGACGUGAAAGAAGAAAGCAGAAAGGUAUCAAAUACAACACCUUUCUAUACGAACUAUUCAUCGUCUACUCCCCAUAUGUAUAAGCUAUCUUACAAAGCUCUAGUCAACCUCUGAACUCUACAAUCAAUCCCAGCAGCAAAGCUUGCCAAAAAAACAAUUUAGAAAAUGCAAGAGCAAUGAGGGAAAGAGCAAAGAUUAAGGCGCCACCACCAACAAACCCUCACUUCACUUCGACCCCAAUUGAUUGUCAAACCAAGAGCAAAAGGAAACAACAAAGAAAGAGCCAGAAGAAACAUAGAAAUGAAAUGAACACGAAAAC